ACCCAAACACACCGAGAAAACCAUCCCAAACUAAGCUAGCACCACCACAGUCCACAGAGCAAUAGCUCACUUCUCUUUGCUCACGAGAUCACACUAUAGUAAUCAAUCACCAAUGGCUCCCAAGCUUGCUCUCUUCCUGGCCCUCAGCAUCGUCCUCUUUGCCGCCGCGGUGCACGGCUGCGCACCAUACUGCCCCGGUCCGGUCGUGCCGACGCCGCCUGUCGUGCCGACGCCGCCUGUCGUGCCGACGCCGUCCCGUAGCCACGGGCGGUGCCCGAUCGACGCGCUCAAGCUCAAGGUGUGCGCCAACGUGCUGGGCGCCGUCAAGGUCGGCCUGCCGCAGUACGAGGAGUGCUGCCCGCUGCUGGAGGGUCUCGUCGACCUCGACGCCGCCGUCUGCCUCUGCACCGCCAUCAAGGCCAACGUGCUCGGCGUCCGCCUCAACCUCCCCAUCAACCUCAGCCUCGUCCUCAACAAGUGUGGCAAGUUUUGCCCAUCCGACUUCACUUGCCCCAACUAAGCUGAGGGAGAAUGUACGCUUGUACUCAGCCUCGCACUUCCAAGUUUCAUUGCUUGCACCGGCGGCUUGUCUGCAGGGCGCGCAGUCGCACGAUCGAAUAAGUUUGUCGCUAUAAAUUCUUUCAUCUUAGACCAUUGUCGAGGUCAUUUAUGCUGUUAUGGAGUUGUACCUUUUCUUUUGUUUGCGAGGAAUUAUGGAGUUGUGUACAUGUAUUACCUUUUUGUAAUUGUUCAUUCGUUCUAAGCCGUAAAAGCAACGUAUUGUCAGUAAGAAUGUUCAUUCU